CUGGGGAGAUGCACCAUCAGAUGCUGAGGAUGAUUUCCCAGGUGUCCUCGUUGAGGGCGCUAUGCUACGUGUUGUUAAUGCCAGGUUUGCUAGAAGCAACAUCUCUGAUGAAAUUAAAGAACCCUGAAGGUAAUGUUAACAUUGACUCUGCCCAGGCACAUGAUUUCCUGACUAACUCUCACCCAAAGAGGAACGUUGAGCCAAAGUGGUACAAAGGCACUCCUGAUUUCCAGUCCUACUACCGCUUCUACAACAGCAUUGGACACACUGAAGGACUGUAUGAGAUCGACAGGAUCCGGAUGCUGUAUCAGCAGAUGCGUCACUUGGAGCUGACCUACGGCCCAGAUGCCUCCAGUUACCAAAGUGUCAUGGGUGUGCUGACCACCACGGCACCACCAACUACUACCACUCUGCCUCCCCUACCCCCCACUACCUCUGGUCCAACACCAGACCCUCUGGAGAAUGCUCCGACAAUCUAUCUGUGUAACCCCAAAGACCCCCUGUGCAAUCCUGCGAUCGUCUACCUGCCAACGGGGGCUGUUCCAGUACUGUGCGACCCACGAGCUAACCCCGCCUGCAGGCCCAUAACAGUGGCAGAGAUAAAAGCUGCUGCUCCUGCCAAACCACCCCCACCUCCCCCUACUCCCAAAAAGGUUGUCUCGCCUCCCCCUACUCCUGAGGUCACUGUUAAAGGUAUGGAGUAUGACUGCGAUCCGUACUGGGACCCUGACUGCCUCAUCGAUCACCCUCCCCGCCCGAUCCAGGAAACAGUCGCAGCGGCACCUGUUGAAGAGAAAGCAGAGACAAAGGAGGAAGCUAAAGUCGAGGAACCCAUCCCUGAAGCUCCAGCCACCGAGGAAUCCCCUGCUUUUGACCCCUAUGAUUUCAAGCGUGACCUUUAUGACCCCAUCCUGUAUGCCGAACCAGCUCCCGAACCAGAGUAAAAACAAAGCGCUUAAGAUAUGAUAGUUUUCUAUCCAGGGUACACAAUGAAAUCGCCAAACCAAACCAAGGCAAGACUGUGAGCAAAUCCAAAACAAAUAUAUGUGGAUAAAAAGGGUUAAGUUCAAAUCAUGCAAAUAAUACAAUUUCACAGGACAGAUGUGUAAAAUAUUA